AUGUCGACAGUCUCUUUGUCGAGAGCAUCAUCCUUCAACACAACCGAAAAUGGAAACUUGUUCUAUACUCUCUGCGAAACUGCAAUCAAGGAGUUUCUUGAAGAUCCCGAGACACUGAAACUCGCGGAAAAUCCCUUUGUGCAAUACGUGAACCACAGAAGGGAGCAGACUGAGAAAUGGAGAGAGGAGGAGCACAGCGACCCCAUUGAAGAGACGCAACAAUGCAUUCGCGAGGUCGAACAAAAAUGGACAGGAAGCAAAGCUCAUCAUUUGCGGGAGAAGGUCAACCCGUUCGUCGAAAGCAUCACUGCCUUGACGAAAUCAUGCGAAAGCCUUCUUCAGCCUGCACCUUUUGGCGUCGCAAUCGCUGUUUCUGGGUUCCGAAUCGUCUUGGAACUUGCUACCAAAGCUCAUGGUGCCGUGGAAGAUAUACUAAAUGUUCUUGAGGAGGUCUCUCCGCUCCUGGACUGCUAUAAAAUGACCGCGAUGUCACAACAGAGCUCCCCACAGAUAUCGAAAGCCAUCAAGAAGUCAUACAAGAACAUUCUGCAGUUUUGGGCCUACUCUGCAAAAGUCUUGUCCAAAAGCUACACAAGGGUCACUUUGUCUUCGGCGAUUAGACCAUUUAAGCAAGAAAUCCAGACAUUCCGGGAAAAGUUUCGCGAAGACUCUAAACAGGUCAGCCAAUUGCUCAUUGCAAGUAUUGCAAUUGAGAGAGCAAGGGAGAAACAGGAGAGAACAAGAGACGAGAUUCUCAGGUGGAUAAGAGGUGGCGAGAAAGCCGAGUCUUUUGAUGCAGACAAGGACUUGGAGUUAAGGAACAUGAGUCGCACAGAGGGCACCUGCACAUGGUUGUUCGAGCGACAAGAGUUCAAAGAUUGGAGAGACGCCAAGAAGAAUUCAGUCCUUUGGUAUAAUGGGCCUCCAGGUUCCGGCAAAAGCGUUUUGGCAUCCGCGGUCAUCAGCCACCUGCAAGAACAGCCAGAAUCAGAAGUUGUUCACUUUUUCUAUUCAUUCAGGGCAGCAUCCAAGCGACAAGAGACUUGCGGACUACGAUCUAUCGCUCUCCAGCUUUUGAGUAAACUGGACGUGGCCUCCAACCCUUUGAAAGCCGAGUACGAACGGGCAAAGAAGACCUGCAAGCACGAGCUGACCAAUAACGAUGGAGAAGUAAUGGUUAGAAUUCUUCGUGCACUGUUGAACCACAGCCGCUUUGCCCAGGUUUAUGUGGUUUUAGAUGGACUGGAUGAGUGCUCAGUUCGAACUCAUGGCAAUCCUUUGUUUUAUAGCUUGCAGCAGCUUCUCAACUUGGAUACGCUUGGGACAGUUAAAUGGUUCCUUACUAGCAGGGAUGUUCCAGAGAUACGGUCCGUCAAAGAUGCCAUUAAAGCUGUCGAAAUUAGGCCAAAUCUCAAGGACACUUCUAAAGACAUCCGUGCUUUUCUCGACGCUCAGAGUAUCUGCCCACUUCACGAUGAGCCUUAUUUUGACACAGACGAACAUAACUUUCUCUAUGCGGCGCUGAUCUGUGAGAUUGCAAAGAACAAGGCCUACAGAACUAAGCAGGGAACUAUUGAUGCCCUUCAAAGCUUUCCCAGAGGUUUAGAGGACUGCUAUAUCAAGUCGUUGGCCAGGAUUGCAGGGUUGCCCUAUCACAAACAGGACCUAGCUAAGCGAACCUUUCGAAUCCUCACAUUGUCGGAAAAGGAACUUACGCUGCUGGAACUUAUUGACGGCCUCAACCCUUAUGCCGAUCCUGCCAACGAUGCAAUCAAGCCCAAGGAAGAUGCGCUUCACUUUUACCAUAAAGUAAGGGACGUCUGCAGCCCGUUGAUUACCAUGGAAGACGCGAAUGGCCCUCAAAAGAUCUCGCUGUGCCAUAAGUCAGUCAAGGACUUUUUCAUCGACCCAAAAAACAAGGAGAAAAUCGAAGAAUACCUGCCAGGCUUCUUUAUCGACGAGAAAAAGGCUUUGGAGGAGCUUGGAGUCAGCUGCAUUGAGUAUCUCAGUGAGGAACGAUAUCAAGAUCCCCCUGACCUAAAAGCGUUAGUCACAAGGUCGGAGUCGUCGUACAGCAAUGCUUUUCUUCGCUACGCCGCCGUCUUCUGGCAUAUGCAUAUGCAGGAUAUAACACCAAGCUCUGAGACCCUGAAGAUUGUUGAAAACUUCCUCAAAAGCCCUGCAUUUUGGACUUGUAUCUACGUACAAAGCCACGCAGCUCCUCACCUUUUUGCACGGUACAAGCGUGAAACAAUCAAUGAUUAUAAGCAGAUUCUGGGAACAAUACCUAACGCGGCACUUCAAUUUGGACUUCCUCUGCCGCCAUGGAAAGAAGAUUCUUCGUCCGCUGAUUACGUAUCUCUGGAUCGCUCGUUUUGUUCUUUUGCCCUGGACUGGGGCGAACUUCUUGUUAAGAACCCUAAUCAGCUGCAUCAUGCUGUUCCACUCACUCUUUAUAAGCCCAGCUGUCACCUUAAACCUCCUGGCAGUCUUCAGAAAGUUCACAUUAAAUAUGUUGCCAAGUUACUCGAGUCAACAACCGAGAUGCGAGUAUUGGAGUCGUCGUUCUCUUCUACGGGCAAGAAACGUGGCAAGACACUGCAGCUUCAGAUCAUUCGCGAGGACGGUUUGACGCCCCGUCGCCGGGUCAAUGUGAAUCAAGUGGAUAUCUUCUCUCGGCCGAAGUCCGACCAGAAUAGAGAGCCCAUCUUCGACUCCCAGGCUCCUGACAGCGAAUGGAUCACCACAAUUGCAAGGGAUAGCAAGAAGGGCGACUCCUUUCUACAGUGCUGGAAAGUGAACAAUCGCGAUCUGAGUGUCACUCGUUGCCUCCUGGACGGCAGAUCAGGAAACCGAGUUGACCAGGCCCCUCCGCAAGUCUGCAGAGACCUGAACCUGGGACUGGAAAGCAAAGGACAUUGGAAUCUGGCACAACUCGAUGUCGUCACACAGCCGACUCGAAAAGACUCGGAUUCGACCACUCGACUAUUCUAUUUCCGCAAGGACCAAUGCACGGUUCAUCACGAUGAAAAGGCGAAGUCAACUAGCCAUGUAAUCGUCAGCAACGCGGAUUCCCAAGACAGUAGUUCAGACUCUGAUGGUGACUCUGGCUGGAGUUCGGACUCUGGUGAUGACUCCGAUUCAAGUGAUACGCAUAGCAUCAGUGGGGGGAGAAAUGGGAGCCAGGAAAUUUCAGAUAGGCCGCAUGGAGAAGCCAAAGAACCGAUGACAGAAUGUCUUAUCAUGGCAAAUGACUUUGGCAGACCUGUUUGGCAACCCAUCCGGACCGAGCGCUUAUCGUGGUCUAGAAUAAUAGGCACUCGUCAUCCGACAUUACCUAUCGUAGCUGUCUCUUACAAGCUUGGUGGAAUAGACCUACUCAACGACGAAACUGGUUGCAGCACAAGUUUGGAGAUCACUGAAGAGGGAAAAGGCCAAGGAGCAAGGCCGGUGGCAAUGUCACGAGAGAUGCAAUUCUCGCCAUGCGGGAAUUUCCUCACCCUUUUGUCCGUCAGCCUCUACCAGAAGGACGCCUGUGCGGAGUGUCAAGUCACUGUGUCACGCCUCGGUUUUGUUGAAACUGCUUCUGGACAUAACCUUCAAACUCGCAAGCAUGGUAAACUGGCAAGCUUUAGCUACAGAUUUCUGGGCAAGAUUGACGAAAUGCCUCAACCGUAUAUCAUGACAAAUUGGACAGCUGAACACGUUGUCUUGGCUCUACCCCCAUUGACCUAUAGUCCAAGGAUCAGUAGAAUCUCGCUUUUGCCUCCCAAAGAUCAGACCAACAUGCCAGAAAGCUUUGCGACAAGGACAUCGACACUCUCACAUCCUGUGUACUUCCCACAAUCGACAAUUUCCCGUAACCCUCAUAUAAUGUAUGGCGAUGGAGGCUCACCUGAGAAAAACAGCUACUUGUAUCUCGUCUUGGACACGCCAGAUCCAUCAUCAUCAUGUUCAGAAUUAACGCUGCGCUGCAGACCUGGCCACUUCCGAGGAUCGGCAUGUCCUUCAAGCGGAUACGAUGACAAGAAAAGAGGGGUCAACGGUCCAGUGGCGAUGGGUUGGAAAAUAUUAGGUCGUGGCAAGGCCGGAAAGACUGGCGAGGUGGAAGAUUACGGAGGUACUUCAGAAGAACAGCUUACAUGGCGGAAAUGGAAUGAUGAAGAUGGAGUUUCUGAAGAUGUCAAAGCCGGUAGGUCAGCUACGGAUGAGUAUGAGUUGUUGCGUGGGGACUUUGUGGGCGAGACAUACUCAGUACCUAUCCGGUCCGGGCUGAAUUGGACGAAAGAGGGUGUUCUUAGUUGCUGA